UGCCCAUCUACACCUCUAACCUGAGUAACCUGACCCUUACAGAUGAAACACAGAAACAGACCUGCGCAGCCAUGGAUGCCAAGGUGAUCCCUUACAAGACACUGAGGACUGAGUACAAGCCCUUUGAAGCCAAACGACGGCUGCUGGGGAACUUUGACAUGUUUCUUUCAGACGACCGCAUUCGCCGCCUGCUGUCCUGGCACAUCGGCAAGCACUUCUACGAGAGAAAGAAGCAGCCUUUGUCAUUGAACCUGCAGAGCAAGAAGCUGGCCUUGGACAUCCAGGGAAGAACGACCUGCAUUUCUAAGAAAGGCUGCUACUGCAUGGCUUAUGUGGCCCACUCUGGGAUGGCUGCAGAUGAAAUAGCAGAGAAUAUUGAUUCAGCUGUCAGCACCAUCGUGACAAAACUACGGGUUAGAAAGGACCGUUGAUAAAGGUCAUCCACUUGAAAAGUCAAUCAGUGGCUCGCUCUGCCCAUCUACACCUCUAACCUGAGUAACCUGACCCUUACAGAUGAAACACAGAAACAGACCUGCGCAGCCAUGGAUGCCAAG